AUGCCAACGAUUCAUGAAGAGUUGGACCGUCGCCAGAAAUUGUACAGCCUUCUCAUGCCGGUGAUGAACCUCGUUCUUAAGGCUAACAAUCUCACAGGAGAGUUGCCUGCAUCUCUCACUAAUCUGACCAAAUUAAAAGAAUUUAGGAUUAGCAGUAACAACUUCACUGGAAGAAUGCCUGAAUUCUUUCAAAGCUGGAAACAACUUCAGGAAUUAGAGAUCCAAGCUAGUGGUCUUGAGGGGCCUAUUCCUCCUAGCAUUUCUGUCUUGAGUAAUUUGACCGAGCUAAGGAUUAGUGACUUACGAGGAGAGGGUUCACCUUUUCCACCAUUACAAAAAAUGACAAGCCUGGAAAAAUUGAUGUUGAGGAGUUGUAAUAUCUCUGGACCAAUCCCUGCAUAUAUCUCAGAACUGGCACAGCUGAAAAGAUUAGAUCUCAGCUUCAACAGAUUGGAAGGAAAAAUUCCAGAUUUCGGAGUUCUAACAAGCUUGGACACCAUAUAUCUGACGGGCAACGUGCUCGAUGGGCCUAUUCCAGAUUGGAUCAAGAGCAGAAAUAGCCGCUACCAAAUAGACAUAUCUUAUAAAAAAUUUUCCUCAAAAUCUGCACCACCUACUUGUCCAGACAAUCUAAAUUUGUUCAGAAGCUUUUCUGGAUCAGACAACUCAAUACUUACAGAGUGCCUGAAAAAUAAUCCAUGUCCAAAAGAUCAGUACUCAUUGUAUAUAAAUUGUGGUGGAAGGGCAACCACCAUUGGAGGCAUCAAGUAUGAAGAAGAUAUAGAUCCAGGAGGUUCAGCAAAAUUUUUUCGCAUGACAAAUGAUACUUGGGGCUUUAGUAGCACAGGAUUUUUUUGGGAUGUUUCGAGUACCUCAAAGGACUAUGUAGCAGAAAAUGUAUCCAGGCUCGGAAUGAGCGACUCCCUAUUAUACAUGAAUGCACGUCUCUCGCCUCUUUCUCUAACAUAUUAUGCGCGCUGCUUGGCAAAUGGAAAUUAUACUGUGAAACUUCAUUUUGCUGAGAUAAUACUUCGAGACAACAUAUCUUUUUACGGUGUUGGAAGACGGAUGUUUGAUGUUUAUAUACAGAAUGCAUUGGCACUGAAGGAUUUUAAUAUUGAAAAGGAAGCACAAGGAGUUGACAAAGCAGUCAUUAGGAUUUUUACAGCAGUUGUUAAGAAUAAAACUUUGGAGAUUCGCUUUUAUUGGGCCGGGAAAGGGACACAAGAUAUCCCAGAGAGAGGAAAAUAUGGUACUCUUAUAUCAGCUAUCACCAUACAUUCUGGUGAGUCACACAGGUUGUACGUUCUGUGUUUCUUCUUUAACAUCGUGAUUCAUGAGACAUUACUAGUCUAUGCCACGGUGCCAUCCCCCCUCUCUCUCAUACUAAGCGUGGAAUUUCUCAAUUUUCUAUAUUUCAAACCUCCCGAUGCAGAGAAAAAAAUGCAAAUAAAAAAUAAGAUAUUUCUUGUGGUCGGAACUGCAGUUUUAGUGUCAAGCCUUGUUUUCACGAUUUUAGGAAUUCUUCGGUGGAAAGGCUAUUUAGGAGGCAAGACAUCAAGGGAACAAGAGCUGAAAGGAUUAGAUCUGCAAACUGGUUUUUUCACCUUCAGACAAAUUAAAGUUGCCACAAACAAUUUUCACUCUGCAAACAAGCUUGGGGAAGGUGGCUUUGGAUCUGUAUACAAGGGCACAUUAUUAGAAGGUACCAUAAUUGCCGUCAAGCAACUUUCUUCUAAAUCAAAGCAAGGCAAUCGAGAGUUCGUAAAUGAAAUAGGAAUGAUCUCUGGUUUACAACAUCCGAAUGUUGUUAAGCUGUAUGGAUGUUGUAUUGAACAAAAUCAAUUAUUGUUGGUAUACGAAUACAUGGAAAACAAUAGCCUUGCACAUGCUUUGUUUGGUCCAGAGGAAGGUGAUGUGAAAUUGGACUGGCCUACAAGGCAUAAAAUAUGUGUCGGCAUAGCAAGAGGACUAACUUUCUUGCAUGAGGAAUCACCACUGAAAAUUGUUCAUAGGGACAUCAAAACUACCAAUGUACUUCUAGAUAGGGACCUUAACCCUAAGAUUUCUGAUUUUGGGUUGGCCAAGCUUGACGAAGAGGAGAACACCCACAUUAGCACUCGAGUUGCAGGAACUAUAGGAUAUAUAGCACCAGAAUAUGCAUUAUGGGGGUAUUUAACAUAUAAAGCAGAUGUAUUUAGUUUUGGAAUUGUUGCAUUGGAAAUUGUUGUUGGGAAGAACAACAUGAAAUUUCGACCUAAUGAGGAUUUUGUGUGCCUUCUAGAUUGGGCCCUUGUUUUACAACAAAAAGGGAACUUGAUGGAGUUGGUGGAUCCAAAGUUGGGGUCUAACUUUAGUAAAGAAGAGGCAGUAAGAAUCAUUAAGGUAGCUCUAUUAUGUACUAAUCCAUCGCCAGCACUUCGACCCACAAUGUCUGCAGUAGUGAGCAUGCUUGAAGGCCGAACUGUUGUUCAUGAGUUGAUCAUGGAUCCAAGUAUUUAUGGCGAUGAGUUGAGAUUUAAGGCUUUAAGAGACCAGUUUGAUCAGAUCUUAGGACAGAGCUCAAGUGACACUCAAGGUCUCAUUCAAUCAUCAAAUGCCACAAUGGUUGGCUCUUCUGCUACAUUAUCAAGUCGAUCUUAAUUCUGGAUAAAAUGACCAUAACAUUGCCCUCCUGGUGAUGAAAAGUUCUUGCUUCAUGUUAAGAAAUUAUGUUGGAUCCACUGGUUGGAAAAUAUUUGUGUUCGGUUACAAUUCUUGGGUAAAAUAUGACGUUGAAUGUACAUCAAUUAGUGUAAAUUCUUCAUUUGCAUGAUUAAAACAUUUGAUAUUGUAGCUCAUGCUAUGUUCCUGUGAGUUAUUGUGGAAAAUGUUGUUAGAGCAAACUAAGGUUUCUGGUACGGUGUGAAUGGCAUAUUCUUCGAUGU